GGUCAGAGGUGACAGCCAAGAUGUCGGCUGGCGGUCGCUUUGAUCGGUGUCUGAGAGGCACGUCUCCGUGACAGGAGCUCGGCGAAAGCGGCUGAGGGGAGCCGAAUCGGGAGAGCGAAUUUGAGGCGGCGGCGGCACGGGCAGGGCCGGACCUGGGUGCCAAGGGAGCUCCGGGGAGCGCGGGGGAGCCGGGGAGUGUGCGGAUGCCCCGGUAAUGCCCCGCAGCGGUCGGUGAAGCCGAGAACCCAAGCUCUGCCGGAUCGCUUCAUGCCGCCGACUGGCUUAGAGCCCGCCAGAAUGAACAGGAAGAAAGGAGACAAGGGCUUCGAAAGCCCAAGGCCAUAUAAAUUAACCCAUCAGGUCGUCUGCAUCAACAACAUAAACUUCCAGAGAAAAUCUGUUGUGGGGUUUGUGGAACUGACUAUAUUUCCCACAGUUGCAAACUUGAAUAGAAUCAAGUUGAACAGCAAACAGUGUAGAAUAUACCGAGUAAGGAUCAAUGAUUUAGAAGCCGCUUUUAUUUAUAAUGAUCCAACCCUGGAAGUUUGUCAUAAUGAAUCAAAACAGAGAAAUCUCAAUUAUUUUUCCAACGCCUAUGCAGCUGCAGUUAGUGCUGUGGAUCCUGAUGCAGGAAAUGGAGAACUUUGUAUUAAGGUUCCGUCGGAGUUAUGGAAACAUGUUGAUGAAUUAAAGGUCUUGAAGAUACACAUCAAUUUUUCUUUGGAUCAGCCAAAAGGAGGUCUUCAUUUUGUGGUGCCCAGUGUAGAGGGAAGUAUGGCAGAGAGAGGUGCUCAUGUUUUCUCUUGUGGGUAUCAAAAUUCCACAAGAUUUUGGUUCCCAUGUGUUGAUUCAUACUCUGAACUAUGUACGUGGAAACUAGAAUUUACAGUGGAUGCUGCAAUGGUGGCUGUUUCCAAUGGAGAUUUGGUGGAGACAGUGUAUACCCAUGAUAUGAGGAAGAAGACCUUCCAUUACAUGCUUACUAUUCCAACAGCUGCAUCAAAUAUAUCCUUGGCCAUAGGACCUUUUGAAAUACUUGUAGAUCCAUAUAUGCAUGAGGUUACUCAUUUUUGUUUACCUCAACUUCUUCCAUUACUUAAACAUACUACAUCAUAUCUUCAUGAAGUUUUUGAAUUUUAUGAAGAAAUCCUUACAUGUCGAUAUCCAUACUCCUGUUUCAAGACUGUAUUCAUUGAUGAGGCUUAUGUUGAAGUGGCUGCUUAUGCUUCCAUGAGCAUUUUUAGCACAAACCUGUUACACAGUGCCAUGAUUAUAGAUGAGACACCUUUGACUAGAAGGUGUUUAGCUCAGUCCUUGGCUCAGCAGUUUUUCGGAUGUUUCAUAUCCAGAAUGUCUUGGUCUGAUGAAUGGGUGCUAAAGGGAAUUUCAGGCUAUAUUUAUGGACUUUGGAUGAAAAAAACUUUUGGCGUUAAUGAAUACCGCCAUUGGAUUAAAGAGGAGCUGGACAAAAUAGUGGCAUAUGAACUGAAAACUGGUGGAGUUUUACUACAUCCCAUAUUCGGUGGAGGAAAAGAGAAGGAUAAUCCGGCUUCCCAUCUACACUUUUCAAUAAAGCAUCCCCAUACACUCUCCUGGGAAUACUACACUAUGUUUCAGUGUAAAGCUCACCUUGUGAUGAGAUUGAUUGAAAAUAGGAUCAGUAUGGAAUUUAUGCUACAAGUUUUCAAUAAACUGCUAAGUUUGGCUAGUACUGCUUCAUCUCAGAAGUUCCAGUCACAUAUGUGGAGUCAGAUGUUGGUUUCCACAUCUGGGUUUUUGAAAUCCAUCUCAAAUGUCUCUGGCAAAGACAUUCAGCCUUUAAUAAAGCAGUGGGUAGACCAGAGUGGAGUGGUAAAAUUUUAUGGAAGUUUUGCAUUUAAUAGAAAACGAAAUGUUUUGGAAUUGGAAAUAAAACAAGAUUAUACAUCUCCUGGAACCCAGAAAUAUGUGGGACCACUUAAAGUGACAGUGCAGGAGUUAGAUGGAUCCUUCAAUCAUACAUUACAAAUCGAAGAAAACAGCCUAAAACAUGAUAUACCCUGCCAUUCCAAAAGCAGAAGGAAUAAAAAGAAAAAAAUUCCACUGAUGAAUGGGGAAGAAGUUGACAUGGAUCUUUCUGCAAUGGAUGCUGAUUCCCCUUUGCUGUGGAUAAGGAUAGACCCCGAUAUGUCAGUUCUGAGGAAAGUCGAAUUUGAGCAAGCCGAUUUUAUGUGGCAGUACCAGCUCCGCUAUGAGAGGGAUGUUGUUGCACAGCAGGAGUCCAUUUUGGCCUUGGAAAAGUUCCCCACUCCAGCAUCGCGGCUUGCGCUCACUGACAUACUAGAACAAGAGCAGUGUUUCUACCGAGUGAGAAUGUCAGCUUGCUUCUGCCUUGCCAAGAUUGCAAAUUCAAUGGUGAGCACAUGGACAGGACCACCAGCCAUGAAGUCACUCUUUACUAGAAUGUUUUGUUGUAAAACUUGUCCAAACAUUGUGAAAACAAACAACUUUAUGAGCUUUCAAAGUUAUUUUCUACAGAAGACUAUGCCAGUUGCAAUGGCUUUAUUGAGAGAUGUUCACAACCUUUGUCCCAAGGAAGUCUUAACAUUUAUUUUAGACUUAAUCAAGUACAAUGACAACAGAAAAAAUAAGUUUUCAGAUAACUAUUAUCGUGCCGAAAUGAUUGAUGCCCUUGCCAACUCUGUUACACCUGCAGUCAGUGUGAAUAAUGAAGUUCGGACUUUAGAUAACUUAAAUCCAGAUGUACGACUCAUUCUUGAAGAAAUUACCAGGUUUUUGAAUAUGGAAAAACUUCUUCCAAGUUACAGACAUACCAUCACUGUCAGUUGUUUGAGAGCCAUACGAGUGCUUCAGAAGAAUGGACAUGUGCCAAGUGAUCCAGCUCUUUUUAAAUCUUAUGCAGAAUAUGGCCACUUUGUGGACAUUAGGAUAGCAGCUUUGGAGGCAGUUGUUGAUUAUACUAAAGUGGACAGGAGUUAUGAAGAACUGCAGUGGCUGCUUAAUAUGAUUCAGAAUGACCCUGUACCCUAUGUAAGACAUAAGAUUCUAAACAUGUUGACUAGAAAUCCACCAUUUACUAAGAACAUGGAGUCUCCCUUAUGCAACGAAGCCCUGGUAGAUCAGCUUUGGAAGCUUAUGAACUCUGGUACUUCACAUGACUGGAGGUUACGGUGUGGUGCUGUGGACUUGUACUUCACACUUUUUGGCCUCAGUAGACCUUCGUGCUUACCCUUGCCAGAGCUUGGGUUGGUUCUUAAUCUGAAAGAGAAAAAAGCUGUCUUGAAUCCAACCAUAAUUCCAGAGGCCAUCACAGGCAACCAAGAAACUGCGAUUAAUCCAAGUAGUCACGCACAGCUAGUUGGAUUUCAGAACCCUGAAGAUGAUCACCUUGCCAAGGAAGCAUCAUGUAAUAUAUCAGCUCAUCAGCAGGGAGUGAAGAGGAAGGCUGAUACACCACUGGGGUCCCCACUAGAACCUGGUCAAAUACUGGAGAAGAAUGAGGAUAGCAGUAAAGUCAAACUCAAAAUCAGAUUUUCAAGUUCUCAAGAUGAGGAGGAGAUUGAUAUGGAUACUGUUCACGAUAGCCAGGCCUUCAUUUCCCAUCAUUUGAACAUGCUUGAAAGGCCAUCGACACCAGGGCUCUCUAAGCAUCGGCCAGCUAGCUCCCGGUCUGCUUUAAUACCCCAGCACUCACCAGGCUGUGAUGGCGCACCUGCCACAAAACCCCAAUGGAGUAUGGAACUUGCUCGGAAGGGAACAGGUAAAGAACAAUCGCCUUUGGAGAUGAGUAUGCAUCAAGUUGCGACAACUCCACUCUCACUGUUUUCUAAGGAAUCUACGUCCUCCAAACACAGUGACCACCAUCACCACCACCACCAUGAGCACAAGAAGAAGAAGAAGAAGCACAAACAUAAGCAUAAGCACAAGCACAAGCACGACGGUAAAGAAAAGGACAAGGAGCCUUUUGCUUUCUCCAGCCCCGCCAGCGGCAGGUCUGUGCGUUCUCCUUCUCUCUCAGACUGAGGGCUGAGCAGCCCGUUCCCUCAGCGUCCAGAGGAAGUAUGUCAGGAAAGCUGUGUCCUCUGUAGAGAGUGAUGAAAGGGGGAAACAAGUUGCCUCUCAGAAAUUCAGAAUCCAUUUAAGUUCUAAACAUUUGAUUUACGUUAUUUAUACAAUUGAGAUGUAAUUAGGAAAAUAUAUUUUAUAGCUCUAAAUGAACCAUUUCAUCCCACUUUCUCCUUAUAACUCUCUCUCUUUCUCUCUUACACACACACACACACACCCACCCACACACACCCCCACCCCCCCAAACCUCUGUUCAUAAAGACUCUCCAGCCCACUGGCAGUCCCCAGUCACAUCAUGGUCUCCGUGUGUACUGCCAAGGUCAAUUAUGUUUUAAAGCCUUUGAUGGAUGUUAUCAGGCAAAGUUACGUUUUAAACAGAAGCUACUGCCAAAUUGUUUUAAACAGAAGCUACUACUAUUUCCAGUGACAUAUUGUAUAACGCCAUUUGGAACUACUGAAAAUGACAGAGCCUUUUCUAUAGGAAUUGUCUCUCUAGUGCAUUUUUUUUUGUAUUAAACAUAGAAACUAAGCAUUAGAAUUUUAGAAUUUGUAAACAAGAAUACAUAUUUUCUUUUGCCCUAAAAUACUGAAAUUUUUGGAAGAAGCUUUUUUAAAAAAUCAAAUAACUUUUGGUAAUGCAUUCAGCGAUGACGACGUUGGAAUUUAAUAGAACUAUCAAAUCCACAGUUCUCAAAUCAAGAUGUUUAGAUUAUAAGGUUUUUUUCAUUAAGUAUAAGUUAAUAUGUUCAUAUGCUAAAUGUGGACAAUUUACACAGCCAACACAUUCUAAAAUUAUUUCUAUAUAACACAAAUUAUGGUACCUUAAAAAGGUGUUUACAUACUAUUUAUUAACUUGAACAUAGACAGUUUGGCCCUCAUGUGAGUAUACCAUAGCAUUUAAAAACAUGAAACAUUUUGGUGUCAUACUUCAAUAGUUUGUAUGUUUGUUAUUGUUUUUAUUUCUGAUUUACUGUGUGCUUUAUUGUUUGUUUAAAAAUGUUUUUCAUACCUGUUGUGUUUUUAUCAUUUUCCUUAUCAUUAGGAAGUUUGGAAGAUACUUCUUCCCAGAAUUGGUAUUUCAAAAGGAUCCAAUAAUGUUAGACUUUUAAAUAUACUUUUAUUUGCAUUUAACUUGUUUAAUAAAUCACUUUUUAAAUUGA